GCUUUAGUCAACUCAGGAGCAUAUUCCAUGUAUAUCAGCAAGCGAUUCGUAAAAAACAAUCGAAUUGCAACCUCCAAGCUUAACACAACAUACAAAGUGUACAAUGAUGACGGAGAUCAUGGUUCUACCCACUGUCUGCUAGUCACGGACAUACAGAAAUUAGACAUGAUCAUUGGGAUGUCAUAUUUAUGUCAGAACAAUCCAGAGAUCAAUUGGCAAGCUAGAGAAUGGAAAUACUCACAAUGCCCGAGUACGUGU